CGUGGGUCUGGUGCCCCGGAUUCCAGAACAGGAACAGGGGCUUUCGCCGCUCGCUCUCCACCACCACCACCGCAGCACGCACCCCCGCUCUUCCUCCUUUUCCUUUCUUUCUUUUUCCCCAACCCACCUCGCUCGCAGCCUUCCUCCCUUCCCUUCCCUUCUUGGUGGAAGUGGAUUGGUUGAUUGAUCGCACAGAACACAGACCGAGCUGCUGCACGCCCGCCUCUCUUCUCCUCGCGGAGCAGGCAGGCAGGCAGGCAGGCAGGCUGGGAUUCCCGUCCGCGGCGCCGGCGUUGAAGCAGCGCAGGAGUUAGGAGCUUUGCCUGCGACCAAGGGGGGGGAGGUGGUACACCGCCGCUAGGGCAGCAAGAGGGGAGGAAGAGGAAGGCUGGCGUCCGGCAUGGCGAGCGAGGAAGUGCUCCAUAAGGUCCAGAAUCUUAUAGAGCGUUGCCUUCAGAUGUACAUGAACCAGAAAGAAGUGGUUGAUGCCCUCUCUCAGCACUCUAAGAUAGAGCCUUGCAUUACUGAACUUGUUUGGCGACAACUUGAGCAACAAAAUCCUUUGUUUUUCAAGGCAUACUAUAUGAGGCUAAUGCUUAAGAAUCAAAUAAUGGUCUUCAACAAGCUUCUUCAGGAUCAGUUUGAGAUUAUGAAUAAAGAUUUUUCUUCAGGGAUCCCUUCUAUGUCUCUUCCUAAUGGAUCUAAUUCCAACCUAUUGAAGCAAAAUCCAUGCUUUUUGCCAGAGACUGCUCCUGGAUCUGCAAUGCCAGAUGGUAUAAUGCACAAUGGAAGUUCAAGUGGUAUAAUAAAUGGCACACCAUCUGGCAAUCAAUUGCUUAAUGCUAGUAAAGACUUGCAUGGCCUUCAUAAUGGAAUAGAUGCUUCAACUAGUCUACAGUCAGACCAGAACGCAACUACUGUGCUGUAUGGUGUAGACAAUGAGACAAGUGCAACAAUAAAGACUGAGUCUUGCUAUUCGAGUAAUGCUGAUUUUGCUUUCUGUGGGAAUACUUUCUUGGAAUCAUGCCAGUCAAUAGGUGAUGCAUCUGGUGGUGGAUCCUUUAGUAGCUCAGAGUUGAAUGGGCAACCACUAAAUGAAUCGAUCUUGGAUAUGGAAUCAUCAUCAUUUAGCUUCUUGAACCAAAUGCCCCAAAACUUCAUCUUUUCAGACUUGGCAGACGAUUUCAACCAAAGUGCAGUUUUUCCAGAAAUAACACCAUUUCUCACUCCUGAAACAAAUUUCUCCGAUUCGACGGGGGGAGAACAUACAGGUUGAGUGGCCAUGCACAGCACACCAACCAUUUGUAUAUACGCUCAUGGGCAGUCACGUCUGCAUUGAUGAAGAACUUGAGGACCUUUUGAUCUAGCUGUUCCAUUUCUAGUUUUCGCCUCUUAUAUUGUGAUAGUUGGGACUUUGGGUUUGGUGGGUUGUCUAGCCCCAUCAGAACACAUAAUUGGUUGGUCUUCCAGUAUCCUCCCUGAUGGUGCUGUCGUGCCUUGUACAUUGCCGUGCUUCUGUAAGAAACAUUAGGAGCGGCGUUGUUCACAUCAGCAUUAAUUUGGCUAAUUUCCCCGCUUGGCUUGUACAACAAAUUUUAUCAACUGGAUUCUGAAUUCAAGAUUUAGGCCAUGAGUUGUACUAUUGUAUAUGCUGCUUCCCACUGUGCCUUGUACAUCCCCGUGCUUCUGUAAGAAACAUUAGGAGGGGCGUUGUUCA